ACAAAAUAAAUAUCUCAGAAUCAAACAUUCAUUCAGAAGAUUGUCACUCAGCCUACAUUGCUGACCUUGACAGAGAAAUCAUGAAGUCGCCUGCUGUCAUCCUGAUUGCCUGUGUGCUUUUCUCACACGUUGAAGGCAUGGCAAUUGUUUCCACUGGCUGGUGUCUGUGCAUCGAUGAUGGAGUGAACUUCAUUAAGCCAGCAAACAUUGAGAAGAUUGAAAUGUAUUCACCAAAUUCUUCAUGUGAGAAAUUGGAGAUCAUUGUCACAAUGAAGAAUGGAGAGGAAAAGUGUUUGAAUCCAGAGUCUAAGUUUGCUAAAAAUUUCAUCAAAAACUCCCAAAGGAGAAAAAGGAGCCUGAAGAGAAUUGGAGCAUAAAUAUCUAUGAGAUCAACACAAGAAACAUCUCCUCUAACAGUUAUUGGCAAACCACUGAAUUUCUUCAAAUGCAUUUCUUAAAAAC